UGGACGUUCGUGACGUCACAGUCGGUACAGUGCGGUCGGUGUUUUUCGGUAAGAGCUGGACGGAGAGCAAGAGAGAGAGAAAGAGAGAUAGAGAGAGAUGGCUAUUGGCAUAGGAAAACGAACGGAAAUAGAAGAAACGAGUAAAUCUGAGAUGACCUUGACUCGACAGACAUAUCCCAUCAUCUUGAUCAACUGACAUAACGGCCGUUUUUCCGGUGGGAAAAGUUCCAGUGUUUGACGUUACCGUUUUACGCUUCUUCUCCACACCGUACCCGGGAUUUUACCGCGUGCCCUUGCGGCACAUAUAAUAAAAUCCCACAUUCCACAUUUACUACAAUAGUUCCCCACCCGGUUGAUCUUGAUAUACGAGGGGAAAUCGGCUAUAAUCGACUGGAUUUCUUGAAUCCUGAUUGUGCCCCCCUCUCGCUCUUCCCCUCUCUCUUUCUCAGGUUUAGACCUCUGCACCUCUCCUUCCUCCGCAGGUACCUGGUAACCCAGAUAGAACUCCAGGUCUGUAGGCACAUGGCCCUCCAUUCUCUCCCCCAGUGAGAGGUGAGCCACGCUGGCCUCCCCAGCCCCCGCCCUGCCCCCGGACCCAGAGCCAGAGCCAGAGCCCGGCCCGGCCAGCCGAGAGGAGGAGCAGUAUGUGAGCCUGCCUGAGCCACCCACCCCACCACCACCAUGCAGGGACGCUGAGACCCUCACUGAUGUGUGUAACACUGCUGACCUACCGGAAGUUGAGAUCAUCAGUCUGUUGGAGGAGCAGCUGCCGGUGUAUCGGUUACGUGCCGACACCGUCUUCGGUUACGACCAUGACGACUGGCUACACACACCGCUACUGUCACCAGACGCACGCAUCGACCUGACCACAGAACAGAUCGAGGAGACGCUCAAAUACUUCUUGCUAUGUGCAGACAGAGUGGGCCAGAUGACGAAGACCUACAAUGACAUCGAUGCUGUCACACGUCUGCUGGAGGAGAAAGAGAGGGACCUGGAGUUGGCUGCUCGGAUCGGCCAAUCACUGCUCAAGAAGAACAGAACGCUCACAGAGCAGAAUGACUACCUGGAGGUACAAGUGGGACACAUCACAGAGGAGGUGGCCCAGCUGCAUCAUGAGUUGAACCUGAAGGAUGAGUUGCUGCAGUUCUACACCAAUGCAUCAGAGGAGAGUGAAGAGGACACUACUACUGGCUCACCCACGAGUAAGCGAAGUAAGCUGCUGGGUGUGUCAGGAUUUGGAGCUGACUCUAUGCAGAGGAAACUCAGAGAGCUGGAGGAAGAGAACCUAUCUCUCCGCUCAGAGGCCUGUAAUCUGAAGACUGAGACUGAGACCUAUGAGGAGAAGGAACAACAGCUGGUCAACGACUGUGUUAAAGAACUCAGACAGUCCAGUCUGCAGAUAAACACCAUAGCGGAGGAGUUGGCUCGGAAGACAGAGGACGCCAUGCGACAGCAGGAGGAGAUCACACACCUGCUCUCUCAAAUAGUUGACCUACAGAAGAAAGCCAAGUCGUUCGCAGUGGAGAACGAGGAGCUCUCUCAGCACCUAGGGGCAGCUAAAGAUGCCCAGAGACAACUCACAGUCGAGCUAACAGAUUUGGAUGAUAAAUAUUCAGAGUGUAUAGAGAUGCUCCAUGAGGCUCAGGAAGAGCUGAAGUACUUGAGGAACAGAAACCAUCCUGCUGGAACACCACGCAGAUUCCAUCCUCUGGGUCUCUACCCUAUGGACUCCCUGGCAGCAGAGAUAGAGGGGACGAUGAGGAAGGAGAUGAGUCUGGAUGACCCUGAGUGCGAGGAACAGAAGGUGCACCACAAGCGUGUGUUUGAGACAGUGAAGAACAUCAACCAGAUGGUCCGGCAGCGUUCUCCAAUCCCGUCCAACGUCAACAUCCCGGGAUCCAAUCAGGCGUCGUCUCUUAGCUCCGCUCACUCUAGUGGCAGGACCACACCCAUGACUGGUAGCAUUAGCUGGGAUGUCAGAGGUGACGGUGUCACCCUUGACAACCGACAACAGAGCAUGCUCAUGGAGUCAGCAGCAGACAAUCAGGACAGUGUGGACGCCCGUGCUAAGAAAGCAGCUGGUGUUGAGGACCUGAGGCUGGCGUUACGCCGCCUGUCCCUGCGCCGCCAGAACAACCUGAGCGAGAGACGCUUCUUUGAGGAGGAGAGAGGGAGGAGGAGAGGUGGAGGAGGAGUUGCGCAGGAUGGGGGGGGGCAGGGGGGUGGGAUGACACCCUCAGAUAGCAUCAUGUCUCUGGGGUCAUUACACCUGUGGGCCUCCCGACCAUACCUCCCCGACAAACUACAGAUCGUUAAACCCCUGGAAGGCUCUGCGACCCUUCACCACUGGCAGCAGUUGGCUCAGCCCCACUUAGGAGUGAUCCUGGAUGCUAGACCUGGGGUUGUACCUAAAGGCUUCAGGCCUCUGGAACUAGAGCUGGAACAGGUGUAUCCAUGGGGUGGUUUCGAGGAGGAUGAACCAGGAGAGCAGUACUUCCAGAGUCUCCCCACCUCCUCAGCCUCUGCCUCCCCCGCCCUCCCCCCUCAGCCUCACCCUCCUUACCCCUCUACUCCCCCCAGCCACCUCGCCUCACCCUCAGCCCCCUCUCCCUCCCCUCACCUAAGCAACACUGAUCCUGCAGCGGUGUACUACCCAGGUAAAUGCAUGGCCCAUACCAGCUCUACCUACACCUUUACUACCUGUCGUAUCCUACACCCAACUGAUGAGCUGACCCGCGUCACACCCAGUGUUAACCCCGGCAUGUCCUCGUCAUCCUGUGUGAUGACAUCAUCUAUCCUGGCCACUCCCGCUGCCACGCCCUGUCAUACACCCCGCAGGAUGAGUCUACUACGACCCUCUGAGUCCUCUACCAACCUCAGGGAAGCCACACGUACCACCAGUACCUCUCUGGGAUUAGUGCGCCUUCUGCAGGAGAGAGGCAUCUCUGCAGCCAUGUACCACCACCAGACCCAGGGCUGGGACAGGGCUGGCGGGCCCGGGGUGGGGAGCGGAGGGGUGCUGUUCAGUACCUCUAUCACCCCUAACCUCCACCCAGCCCCCCACCCCGACUCCCUCCGCCCCUCCACUCCCCCCAACUCCCCCACAGGACACGACCCCCCAUCCUCGGGGACCAACACCCCCGCGGGCUUCGACUUCAAGUCUCCUUCCUAUGACAACUUCCUGGCCUCCAAGCCGGCACGGUCCAUUCUGAAGGAAGUAGCGGGGGGGGUGGGGAGCAGCCGGAGCAGGAGGCAGCAGAGGGGGAGAGAUUGUGAGAGCCAGACAGAUGUUAGCGUCACAGUUCAUAACCUCAACCUGGUGGACAAGGUGAGGCGCCUGGGUGUGGCUGGGUGUCCUCCAGGACCAGGGGGUGUAACCGGGGGACCAAGUUCCAUCCUGGGGCCUCUGGGUGGGCUACGGAGGCCCGGGUCGCCCUUUGGACCAGAGGGGAUGAGGAGGAACAGGAGUUAUCCAGCUAUGGUAGGGGCCAGUAUGGCGAUGAAGGGCCCGGGGCCCCAGGAGGACUCAGAACUAUUCCUGCCUCCUAACAAAAUGCCUAAAGAGAAGAGCCUCAAGUAGAGGCUGGGACCUCUGGCCUCUAACCGCUGACCCCUAAUAUUAACCCUAACCAACUAGUUUCCUCAGGAGACUGAACUUGUUACUUACCUGUUAGACCUCUGGUACUAUAGCUAGUUUUUCAAAAUCCUACAAACUAUUGGUACUCCUGGUCUAGCUAUUGACAAAUGACAACUAGUCACCUUUCUCAGCUACUGACAAUGAAUUAGUCUUCUAGUUCUGUCCGAUGCUUAUUCUUCCAGCUCCAAAACCAAAUGGCUACCCUGCUGUCUGCUACUGUUUAACCAGCUACCAAACUAGUACUAACAAUGAACAAUGAUCUUCCAUAAUAGCUAAAACUUUUCCUCUCUAGCCCUUGAACACAGCUAUUUCUCCCUGAUGUAAGUCAAUGAAAUGACAUUGAACCGAUGUCUGCGCCCAGAGAGGGGUAGCUCCUCACAUGUAGACUAAGCAUAAUGUAUGUAGUUCAAAUCUAAUUGUAUUUGUCACAUUUUCUUUAACCUUUAUUUAACUAGGCAAGUCAGUUAAGAACAAAUUCUUAUUUUAAAUGAUGGCCUUGGAACAGUGGGUUAACUGCCUGAUCAGGGGCAGAACGACAGAUUUGUACUUUGUCAGCUCGGGGAUUUGAACUUGCAACCUUCCGGUUACUAGUCCAACGCUCUAACCACUAGGCUACUAGACUAACAGUGAAAGUGUUACUAAAGGGCCCUUCCCAACAAUGCAGAGAGAAAACAAGUCAUAAUAACACAUGGAAUAAAUGCACAAUGAGUAACGAUAACUUGGCUACAUACACGGGGUAGCAGUACGGAGUGGAUGUGCAGGGGUACGAGGUAACUCAAAUCAAAUCAAAUCAAAUUUAUUUAUAUAGCCCUUCGUACAUCAGCUGAUAUCUCAAAGUGCUGUACAGAAACCCAGCCUAAAAACCCCAAACAGCAAGCAAUGCAGGUGUAGAAGCACGGUGGCUAGGAAAAACUCCCUAGAAAGGCCAAUACCUAGGAAGAAACCUAGAGAGGAACCAGGCUAUGUGGGGUGGCCAGUCCUCUUCUGGCUGUGCCGGGUGGAGAUUAUAACAGAACAUGGCCAAGAUGUUCAAAUGUUCAUAAAUGACCAGCAUGGUCGAAUAAUAAUAAGGCAGAACAGUUGAAACUGGAGCAGCAGCACAGUCAGGUGGAAGUUGAAACUGGAGCAGCAGCAUGGCCAGGUGGACUGGGGACAGCAAGGAGUCAUCAUGUCAGGUAGUCCUGGGGCAUGGUCCUAGGGCUCAGGUCAGUUGAAACUGGAACAGCAGCAUGGCCAGGUGGACUGGGGACAGCAAGGAGUCAUCAUGUCAGGUAGUCCUGGGGCAUGGUCCUAGGGCUCAGGUCCUCCGAGAGAGAGAAAGAAAGAGAGAAGGAGAGAAUUAGAGAACGCACACUUAGAUUCACACAGGACACCGAAUAGGACAGGAGAAGUACUCCAGAUAUAACAAACUGACCCCAGCCCCCCGACACAUAAACUACUGCAGCAUAAAUACUGGAGGCUGAGACAGGAGGGGUCAGGAGACACUGUGGCCCCAUCCGAGGACACCCCCGGACAGGGCCAAACAGGAAGGAUAUAACCCCACCCACUUUGCCAAAGCACAGCCCCCACACCACUAAACUGAGAUAGACAUAUACAUAUAGGUAGGGAUAAAGUGACUAGGAAACUAAAUAAUAAAUAGUAGCAUCAGAGUAUGUGACGAGUCAAAAGAGUUCAUGCAAAAGGGUCAAUGCAGAUAGUCUGGGCAGCUAUUGGUUAACUAUUUAACUACCUAUUCACCAGUCUUAUGGCUUGGGGGUAGAAUCUGUUCAGGAUCCUGUUGGUUUCAGACUUAGUGUAUUGGUACCCCUUACCAUGCGCUAGCAGAGACAACAGUCUAUGACUUGGGUAGCUGGAGUCUUUGACAAUUUGCUGAGUAAGUUAGAUCAAACUUACACGUCAUGUGAUUGUCAUGUCAGCUGGAUUAGGAGCUUCUUCAUCACCAUGUAUUUAGAUUACUAGUAUCAUGUAGCACCGCUAACUAUAGUCUAAACCUUUCUUCCUAGGUAAUAAUGGAUUGUGAGAUAAUGUUGAAUAUAUAACAAUUCUAAUGUUAAAGAUUUUCCACAAAAUUCAUGAAAUAGAUGAUCAACUUUUUUGCUCAACUCUUUCUCCUUCUUUAUUUUUCUCUUCCACUCUCUCUUUCUCUCUCCCUGUUCUCAAUGAGAAGAAUAAGUCAUAGUUCACUUUUAAGAGUCUUGUUAAUGUUUUGUCUGUGUGUUAAAGUUUCAUUAGUGUUAUUUUUCUAAAUGACUAUAGACAAAGGGAAAUGGAUAGUGGUUUCAGAGUGGUCAGUGAGUGAGGGCAUUCUGAAAAGAUCAAUAUACCCACUGCUGGAAUGGAGACAGGGAAGGAGGAACAGGGGGAAGGGAUAGAGGUUAAACAGUCUUUGUGGUCAGAAGCGUUUCCUGCUUCUUACUUCAGAGAACUCCACAGAGAAUUUCAAUUGCUUAAAUUAAUUUUUAAAAAGCAUUAGUGCCUCAACAUGGUUUCUACAUCACUAUGCUCAUACAGGUUGUUUAUGUUCUUAUUCUAACAAAAACAUUGUCCACUGAGUUACACUCGUUAGCUCCUACAUUGAUAUGUAUAAUUAUGUAAUUUAUUGACUAAACAGUCUUUUGAUUGAAUAUGCAAAACUAUUAUUAUUCACAAGAUUUAACACAUAAAACACAUGCACUAUAUACGGUAUAUAACACUAUAUUCAUUCAUUGUUAUUAGUACUGGAAAACUAAUUUACAACAAUCACGGUGAAAUAGAGUGGUGGUGUUCAAUACUAAACAAAAAUAUAAAUGCAACAUGUAAAGUGUUGGUUUCAUGAGCUGAAAUAAAAUAUACCAGAAAUUGUC